GGCAAAAAGAAACUAUCUCCUUGAGCGUCUACUGCUCCUGAGGAUCUUUUCCUUUACAAGAUAUAUACACGACCAGGCCCGAUGAUGGCCGAUAAAGCGCAGGCCAAGUUGUCAGCUAAUGACGUCUCAGCUCCUGCACCUACGGACGAGUUUGCUGUAUCAUCCGACUCCGAAGUUUCUGAAAUCGACAGGGAGUUCGAGAAGAAAGUGAUACGAAAGAUUGACUGGUGGCUUGUCGGGUUUUACUCCUUGGUCUACAUCUUCCGAGUUAUUGACUCUGCCAACUACUCAAACGCAGCUAUUAUCAACCUCGAGAAUGGGACCGGUAUCAAGAAACAGCUUGGCCUCAACGCCAGUCAGUGGGCUUGGACUCUGUCGAUCUUCUCAUACAGCUACUUGAUCUUCGAGCCCCCGAAUACGCUACUUAUGAAGACCUUCCGGCCUUCGCGAUGGAUGUUUGUUCUUAUCCUUGGCUGGGGUAUCUCAGCAUGUUCUUCCUCAGCAGUUAUGAGCUUCAACGGAAUGAUGUGUGCCCGAUUUGCGAUCGGCUUGGCUGAGGCAGGCUUCUUCCCUGCCGUACUGUUCCACGUGAUGGCGUUCUGGUAUAAGCCGAAGGAGCUCCCCCAGCGCGUCGCAAUAUUCUACUCGGUAGGCCAGCUUUCAAGCGCUUUGAGCGGACUGCUAGCAUACGCGAUCGGGUUCAUGGACGGCCUUGGUGGUAUUCCGGGCUGGCGCUGGCUGUUCCUGCUAGAAGGCCUUCCAGCCAUCAUAUUGGCUUUCAUCGCCCUUUUCUGGCUGCCGGACUAUCCUGAGACCUCAAAAUUACUAAGUGAAGAGGAACGCGAGUUCCUACGUGGCCGACUCGGCAAAGCUGCCCCCACAGGAAAGAAAGGUCACUGGGACUUCACGACGCUCAAGGUGCUUUUCAAGGACCCGUCUCUGUAUACAUUUUCCAUAUUUUGGAUUUGCCACGGCAUUGGCGGGUUCGGUGUCGGCUUCGCCCUGCCGACCGUCAUAUACGAGCUUGGUUUUACGACAACCUCGAAGUCUCAGCUCAUGAAUAUUCCUCCAUAUGUCGUCACUUUCCUCUUUCUCAAUACCGUGGGAUAUCUUCUGCAUAAGAAGAUCAUCAGACCUUGGACGACAGCUGUGGCCAUCGAAUCCACUACAAUUAUUUGCUACAUCAUACUUAUUACGGUUCCUAACGCUGUUGUAAAAUACUUGGCACUCAUCGUAGCAGUAUCCUGUGCCGGAUCAGCCUAUCCUGUUAUCUGGCCGGAACGCAUUCGAGCUAUUGAAGGUACAGUGGCGGCUGGGAUUGGCAUUGGUUGGACCAACGCGAUGGCGCAGUUCAGUGGUAUCGUAGGUCCGCACGUUUAUAACACGAAUUUCGGGCCGACGUAUCGUACUUCGUACAUCAUUUGCUUGUGCUUCCUCAUUGGCUCUAUAUCAGGUAUACUGGCCUCAUGGACGUUGGUAGGAAGGAAAGAUCGGAGGGCAGCUGAACCUUUGGGGGAACGAGCUACCUAGAAGAUAUACAAGAGGACGUGUUCUGUGAUUAUCCAUCGGAAAGAAAACCUAGUAACCUAUCGCAACCAGCACAGGCAUGAUGAUAC